AAUUGAAAUAGUUUUAACUACCGUUGAUGUAGGAAACAUCAUAGUAUGGCCCACCACGCGCGGUUAGGGCCGUUUUAUGAUCCCAAGUUGGACCAGGAUAUUUUAAGUCAAACACUAAGAGAGACGUCACCGCACAAAUGGGACCUUAGUACAGAAAGGGGUCAUCAAACAUGGACCCCAACAAGUUUUGACAGAACACACACUACUUUUGGCAAGUCUAAUAAAGUGCAGGAGAGUUGGACUUCCCAUGUGAGACAACAAGGAGAUCUAUUCUAUGUUGAUGUGAAUGGUAGUCAUGUUAGUGGACCUGUACAACAGCAGCAACACUACAGCAGUGGGUCACUUCACCACAGCAAUGGGUCACUUCACCAUAGCAGUGGGUCAUUUCACCACAGCAAUGGGUCACUUCACCAUAGCAGUGGGUCACUAAACCAUAAUGAUAAUUCAAACCAUAACUACAGCAGUAGGCUUGGACAGCCUCCAAAAAAUAAUAUCCAUGAAGGGAAACAAAAUGGUCUCACCCCAACACAGAGACCUAUGGUCAAUGGACAAGUUCAGAAUAAUGGCAGUCGUUUGAGUUCAAAUGGUUAUCAUAAAAACAAAUCAAAGUACAUUUCCCAAGACUUUGAUGAUGAAUAUGUUGAGUUGGACAGAAACGGCUAUAACUCAUGGAUGUCUUCUCCACAGAUUAGCAACAAAUAUCACGAUAUAAAUCAUGAUGUUAUUAACCAAGAACAUGGUGGUAAAAUAAAGCAUGUGUAUCUGUCACCCAAUUAUAAAAACUGUAAAAAUGGUGGACAGAUGUCAGGGAUUAAAUUGUGUGAGAAGAUGUUUGGGAUUAAAUUGUGCCAAUACAAUGACAAGACACGUGUUAACAACAACAAUAAUAUUGUGAAGGACAGAAAAGUUAUUGUGCAAGCUGUAGUGCCAGGUAGUGCAGCAGAAAAAUGUCGACAGAUACACAGAGGUGAUAUGAUGUUGGGUAUUAAUGAUUUGGAAGUGUCUUGGGUAAACCUUGAUAAAACCUUCAACUCCAUUUCAAACAAAAAGGUAAAGGUGACUUUCCAGGUGCCAGUUGUGAUUGGACCUCAGACACCUCCACCGGUGCCACUACCUACAUACAAGCAUUCCUUGCCACCUAAAGCUCCACCUCGACAGGAGGGAGAGGACAUUGUUCAGUUAGUGGCUGGAACAACGACUGGGGCAUUGUCCAGCAAGUUCCAAUCUUGUCUGUGUUCAUUCAUGUACCUUACUCUAGAGGACAACGGCAGUGAAUCGGAAAAUGCAGAAGAUGAUAUUCUGUAUAUGUUCCCGCGGGAUGAAAGCAUUGCAACAGAAGUUAGGGGUAUGUUUCUGACCCUGUGUGGAGUUCUUCCCGAUAUCACUGGGUCAGCAGUACAAACAUCCACGUUAUUGUACAAAGGACAAUAUAUCCAUGUAGUGUACAGUCGAUACGGACAAGAUUUACUGAUAAUGACCAUGCCAGCGAACAGGGUGCCACUUCCAUACCUUCAAUGUAUCAAGUCUGAACUAGAACAGGUGAUGGAUUUGCUCUUUAGCUCAACAUCAAGAGCAUUCAGGAAACCCAGACAUAAAAGUCAUCUGGACCAGCUGUUCAGUCUGACUCUCAACAAAAUCUUUGGUUCUGAUAACUUUAGUACUACCUCUAGUGCAUCCAGUAAAGCCCUGUGUGGAUCUAUACCUGGUACCCAAUCAUUGGUGUUAUCACAAGAUAACAAGAUUCUAUGCGAUGAAAUACUCAGUGAAUUUGAAGCUGCAGAUUUUGACGACUUGGAAGAAGAUUUGCCAUUUGACAGAAGGACAUUUUCAAUACUUGGCACUUGUUUAUUCUAUAAGGAGUACUUGCUCUGUAACCACCUAGCAACAGAGGACCUGCAGGAUGUCCAUUUAUUUCUCAAGUAUCACUGCUUGCUUCACCUUGUGUCCAGACAGAAUGUUGAGGAGCUGGUCAUUUGGAGGGAGGUGUUCCCUUCCCGCCUUUGUCGACCUUCUCAGUCCUCUCCUGUUGGGUAUGAGGAGCCUUCUGGUCGCUGGUUCCUCCUUAUUGUAGGAAUGAAAAGUUUCCUGUUGGCCACCUUGUUGGAGGCAGGUGGAUGUGCAAGGACAAUUGAUGGGAACCCCCGUCCAGAUCCAUUUUAUAUCAGUCAGGCCAAAGCAACCUUGUUACAGCUUGAGACUGAUGAUGUAGCCAUGGCUGAGUGCUGUGAGAAUAGGUUGAGCUCUGAGAGGAGUGGCCCAUCCCUUGCCAGUACUGAUGCACUAAUGCUGGGUACUAAACCCAAGAGAGAAGAAUCAACACCUUCCAAAUCACAAGGUUCACCCAAGUCACCUGCUGUCACUACUAGACCUGCACCAGAUUCCUCAUGGCCAUUAGGCUCAUAUUAUGUCACUAAUAGAACAUACAUCUAUAGUCAUGAUGAUCAAGAAGGGGACAGGGUAUCUCAUGGGAAAGGUACUGCUUAUACAGGGAGUGAGACAUCUACCCCAGUGAUGAGACGUCAGGGCAGUAAGCUGUCAUAUGGAUCCAAUGACUCUGGUGGGAGUGGCAGCAGUGCCGGGGUCAGUCGUGGUAACACAAGCAAGACCCUUAGCAAAGCUGGGUCAGUGUUCGAUAUGGCCAGUAUGAACCAGAGUCUGACUGCAGUUUCUGACGAGAACAAAUCUGUCUACCCAAUUAAAGUCACAAAGGGAGUGGACAAUGUGUUAUUUCACUAUCUAAACUUUGAUGGCCUGGAAGGAGUUUAUGUGUGCCCCACAGCUCAGGAGAUGUGCAUGUCUCAGGGAGCACUACAUACUCAAGUUCUACACAAUUUUAACACCUCCUGUCUUCAACUACGCAAGAAAUUCCAACGGACAUAUAUGAAAUCGGAGACAGCAUGCAAGCGAAAGUUUGGUGAGGAUACCACCUUCAGACAUGUUCAGGAGCAGGGCACAUUAUUCCAGUACAAGCCCAGUGUGGCACCAGAUGUCAAGAAAGUUCCACCAGCUCAGAGUUACUGGGUAGUUGGGCGACAUUACCCUGGAAACAGAGAAUUAUUUGUCUGCUUCCAUGAAAGUGUGCCCCAGACAGCUAUAGAACUAGCAUUCCGCCUGGAUUUUGGAUCCUGACUAACCAUCUGUAACAAGCCAAGGAGACACUUUAUAUCUUCUGUCCAGCAGCGUUAAAGUUUUUCCACAAAAAAAACCACUUCAUUCCAAAAGUGAAAAAAUUGCAAUUUUUCAAAGUAAGAAAAUAUUGUUUUGUCACUUAGAUAGUGUGUAGACAGGAGACCAUCCUGCAUCUUCCCUAGCAGGUUGAUGUGUUGGGACACAGAAUAUAGACAGUGCAUAAUACUAAGGUGUGAACAUUCUAGAAGACUACAUCAUAAUAGAAUUGGUGCAAUCAUGUAUUUUCAGUUAAUUAUUUCAAACAAAUUGCUAGGUGAUUUUGUAUUUGCAAUAAUGUGUCUUCUUUAUCUUUUGUUGAAAAAUUACAGGGUUUCAAAGGAUAUUGUAGAAUCCAAUCAGUUAAGGAAAUCAAUAAUUAGUGCUUUUGUAAUGUUUAAAAGGAUGGAACGAGGUAAAGUUCUUCUGUUUCAAUUUUAAAGAUAAAUUUUUA